UAACUUCACGUAUCGGUCGGGCUGGGCCACAGACUGGUCAGUUGGGCUGUGCACUGAAUUUUCUUUGCAUUGCAUUUCUUUGCAUUGCUGUGUGGGCUAUGGAAGGGCAGGAGGCGAAGAGAGUCAGAGGUGCAGCGGAGUCGGGGGAGUGGGAAGGGGAGACAGAGAGAGGAGAGGCGAAGGCUGCAUCCGAAAAAGUGUCCAUGGAGCUUCUCGGCCACAGGGUAGACAGGCUGGAGAAGAAAAUAGACGAUUUGGUUGUUGAAUAUAAGCAACUGGACAUCAUUGCAAAAGAACUCAUUCAGCGCUUUCAACCCUAUUGUCAAAACCUUGCAAGUGAAGCUGGAGAGGAUGAGAUGUGGUCAUCACUGCUGGAGGACAGGUUCUUGCCAGUAGAAGUCAACUUGUUCUUCAGUUAUAUUGUGGAUGCACUUCGACGUUUACAUUCUUGUGUAUUGGAGAAACUGCCAGAAUCUGCCAGUGAACUGCCAACACUGACCUCCAUCUUGAAACAGAAAGCCUUGAACCCAACGCUUGAAGCUGUGUGGGUAAAUGUGCUUCAGGACCAGGGUCUGACGGAAAAUGAUGUAAAACUUCUGUGUUCAUUCUUCGUGACUUACUGCCAUGAAGCUCACUAUUACCCGGCCAUAGAAAGAGAGAAUUACGUGCAGAACGUCCAAGAGUUAAUAAAGAAGAUAGUACACAGCCGCGUUUUAAACAAGGUUCUCCUCCAUGUUGUGCAGCAGACAGAGAAGAAGAAAACGGUUAAACUUGUGGAUAAGAAAGUCCUUGCAAGAAAGAAAUUCAAGGCAACUAAAUCAAAAUGAAGGGGAUUCAGGGUUCAUUUACAGCUCGACUGGGCAUUGACUCCACUUUCCUCAUUGUAAUGUUAUCCUUUCUGAUUUAUCAAUAAAUUCUGUUGUUGGAUCUUUGUAAAAGACAAGAGGAAGCUGUAAAACAAGUAUACCAGUGCCCUUUCUUCUCGGAUCCCAUUAAUAGAAUUUGAAAAGUGGACCACAACCACUUACUUAAGUAUUAACAUAGGUGAACCAAACAAAAACAAAAUUCCACAUGUCAUCAUUCUAGUUUUGAUUUCAUGGGGACAUUGAAGCUUCCUGGAUGAAAUGUAGUUUUCUUUCUCUCUAGUGUUGGUGCACAUUUUACUCUUGUGCGUAUUUGCUACAUGUAGAGAUGGCAUGCAGGGCACAGACAUAAUAUAAAUAUAUCUGAUUUUAACACCAAAAGAAACCACAUAUCCUGUGGAGUUUGUGUGUGUAAAAAUGUAGUAUCAGCCACAAUCUCUGCUGUUACUCUCUGCAUCGCUGCACAUUCUCAAGCACAUCUCAUCAGGCCCCAUUUUGUUUAGUUUAAGAUAUCAGAGACAGGAAUAGCACCACAGCAUCUAAUUAUAGCGCACACCGUGUAAUUGGGGCUUGACCAAUUUGGUUUUAAUUGACUUGUCCCUCCUGACAAUAGGUAUUUGCUGGAGAGGCGAAUCCAUUAGACUACAUUUCCACUGUUGGGGAAAAAAGAGUAAAUUUAUUUAUAUAAUAAAGUUAAAACUAUUAAAUAACAGUAAAAAAAGAGAUAAAAAAUAACAGAAAGCAAAUGAUAAAAUAGAAACAAGGGAUAAUAAGAAAAAACAGGAAAAAAGACAGAAUUAAUGCAAUGGUAAUAAUGAUAAAUGGAGGUAACAGUAUAAUAAUGUUUUGGGUCAUUAUUUGCAUUUAGUGUUUUAAACAAGUGUGCGAUUCGUUAAUAUUUACCCUAAUAAAAAUGCUUCUAAAUCUCAACAGUGUCGUUAGUGUAAAGUUUACUAAAAGU